AUGGAUCCUAAUCCACCAAGGCAUCCUMGAGGCCGGGCUCGUGGGCAAUCACAAGUACCACCCCCUAAUCAAGGACAAUCUCGAGGACCUCUUCGUCAUCAAGCACAACUACAAGCACCUCCCCCCAAUCAAGGACAAUCUCGACCUCGAGGACCUCCUCUUAAUCAAGGACUACCACAAAUACCUUCCUCUUAUCGAGAACAAGCACUAACAUUUCAUACAACACAGGCACCGCCAUCAAGGCCACAGCCAAAUAUACCAGAUCAAUUAAAUCCACAACAACAAUUUAGACCACAAAAUGUUGAACAAGUUACGAGUGGAUUAGAAAACUUGAAAACAGGUGGCGCAGAAAAGAUCCAAGGGCAAAAAAUGAAACUGUUGGAAUCAUUAGGAGAAAAAUGUACCAAAAUGUAUAAUUUUUUCAAAUUAAAAAAUGAUACACACAACUCAUCAAAUAAGAAGCUUACAGAAUCUACUGUUUUAUUGAAAAAAAUUCAGAGUAAUUUACAAAAUUCUUAUGUUUCAAUUAUUGCUGACAAAACAAGUGACAUUGGACAUGAAGAACAAUUGUCAAUAGUUGUUUGUUAUUUUGAUUCUGCGACUAAUUGGCGAGUUGAAAGUUUUAUAACAUUAAAAAGGAUGAUUUAUGUUACUGCUAAUUCAAUUUUUCAAACUAUAGAUGACAUUCUAACUAUUGAAUUAGGGUUGCAAUGGACUUCAGUACUUUCAGUAUGUUUUGAUGGUGCAUCAACAAUGAAACAUGAAUUAAACCUUAGUGGUAUUCUUCAACCAAUGUUAGUUUCAAAGAAAAAAAAAUCUUUUAAAAUUCCAGGUGAUGAAUCCAAGUGGGUGUACUUAAUUCCUGAAUUAUGUACUAUGACUGGAUUGACUACUAAGAUGAGAGAUAAUCAUUAUCUCAUGGCUGAUUUAGCAAUGUAUACAAGAAUUGGUCCCACCGAAAGAAUUGGCAGGUAUAAUAAUUUUAUGGAUCAAAUUCUUACUACACCUGAGUCUGCAGAUCUACUAACACAAUGGAAUUUAACAUUAAGUAAUAAACUCGUUACAAUACCUGGUCGUGUAUUGCCACAAGAAAUGCUUCAAGUAAAUGAGCAAAAAUUUUCAACUGGUAAUGAUGCUAAUUGGACAGCACAACUAUGUUCAUCUUCCAUGUUUACUUGUGCUGAAAUAAAGCGUUGGGCAGUUCUAUGUCCAGAAGGAAAUAGUAAUCAACUUAGACAAUUUAUCCAGACUUUACUAAAAGUUGCAAAAAACAUGUCAUUUAAUUUACCGCUACCAGAAAUGUUAGUAUUGAGUUGA